GCGAUGGUGGAGGUGCAGCUGGAGGACUAUGACUACCCGCCGGGGCUGCUGAUCGCCUUCAGUGCCUGCACGACGGUGCUGGUGGCCGUGCACCUCUUCGCCCUCAUGGUCAGCACCUGCAUCCUGCCCAACAUCGAGGCCGUCAGCAACAUCCACAACCUCAACUCGGUCAACGAGUCGCCCCACGAGCGCAUGCACCGCUAUAUCGAGCUGGCCUGGGGCUUCUCCACCGCCCUGGGCAUCUUCCUCUUCCUCACCGAGGUGGUGCUCAUCUGCUGGGUCAAGUUCAUGCCCGUGGCCGGCGGCGGCUGGGACGCCGCCGUGGCCUCCACCGUCAUCAUGGUGCCGGUGGGGGUGGUGUUCGUGGUGUUCGCCCUCCACUUCUACCGCUCGCUGGUGAGCCACAAGACCGACCGGCACCAGCAGGAGCUGGAGGAACUCAGCAAGAUUAAGUACCAGCUGGAUGGAGAGGCUACCGCGGUGCAAACUGUGUGAGGCCGGAUCCGGCUCCUGACCGCAGGGGGCGCCUGGUUCCCCCGGCUGCCCCGGGGAUGGCCAGAAGACGUUGGCGGCUCCCCCGAGCGGAGGCUGCUUGAGCCGGACAGGAGAGAUGGCUGCUGGCUGGGGGCUGAUCCACAGCUGGGGUCAUUCCCAGCCGUCUCCUCCUCCUGCCUCUGCUGCUUUCGGGCUGGGUUUUCCGUCCCUCGCCACCCCAGCCGCGCGGGAAGUGGGGCUGGUUUGUCCGGCCUGACCAGGCACUGCCCAGGAGAACCGCUCCCCGUCCCCUCUCCUUCCCGGCCAUGCUUCCCCUGCUGAGGCUGUGGUAAUGACGCCCAGCCGGCGGCUCGUCUUGGGGGGUGGAGGGUGCUGUGUGGGGCACGCAGGUACAGAUCGGGGGAAAGUGUAGACACAGAUACGGCCAAGCUGGGGUCUGCAAUGGGGCAUAUGCACAGAUCUGGGGCUCAGCCACCAUUCGGGUACAGCGGUCCCGGAGCUGGGGUAGAUGCGGGGGGGUUAUUCUCAGCCAUGUUGCCUCAGCGCUGCCCCCUAGUGGGGGAUCUCAGCAUCGACGGCCUCUCCAGCCUUUGGCGGCUAUGGGAGCGGGGCGCUUGUCCCUGGGCUGAGAGCCAGUCAACUCAUGUCCUACCAACCCCCCAGCACUGUCCUGGAGGGCAAGGCCCCGUGCCCCUCUAAGCCAGCCAGUCCCUCUCCCCGGGGCUGGAUCGGCGCCAGUGCCCUGUGUCCUCUUCCCCACUGGUCAUUACAUAAAAUUAAUGACUAACUAGCUGAUACAGCGACCUUUGCUCUCUAACUAUGGUCAGAGCUCCACUACAGAGAACAAAACAGUAGCUAGCAUUAAUGUAGGCCCUCUGAUAAUAUGGUCCAUACCCCGUCCCAGCAGAGGACAACACCCCUUGCUAAACCAAAACAAAAGCCAGCUCUGUAGGACCUAUAAUGUCUUGUGCUUGGCUUCUAUCAAGCAGGAACAGGGGAACAGGUACUUAAGCAGAGCAAAACAGACUAUAUUUUUGUAGGACCUAUGAUAUGUGGCAUUGAUUGCGGAUGGGAGGGGAGCCCAUCUUGCUUGCCGAAUCAGUGUUUUUGGUAGGACCUGUAAUAAUGUGGUGUUGCAGGUCCAGCCAGUGGU